AUGUCCUGUACCAUUUGUGAUAAACCGUAUAACCGCAGUACUGCAUACUACGAAAUGCAAGUUGAUUUUAGUCAUUGUGGUAUUAUUUUAGGUCAAGUUGUGUCUUUAAUACAGGAUGGUUCAGAAUCAUACUUUUGUCAUACUCACAACGCUGAAGAGGUUGACAGAGUGAGGAAAAUGUUAUUCAUGGCCUGUAAAGAGACCGAAACGUUGAAGAAGGUAACGAAAUACUUACCGCGGACUGCGCAAAAAAAUGUCAUUGCUUGCAGCAACGGCAGCGGACAUGCUUUAAAUUAUGAAGAAGAAGGCGAACAAACAUUUACCGAAAAACGCGCUAUAACGCCAGUAAAAAAUUACAUUGUUUGCCCUGGUAGUUCAGAACUAAAACUAGAAAUAUGUAUCGUUAGUAUUGAUAGUAAUGCUAAUGACGCUGCGAAUGAUGUAGAAGAAAAAUCCUCAAGAAAAAGAAAAAGGUGCCCUGAAAACUGGCAGAGAAUUGCAAGAUAA